CUCAUUUCAUCUUGUUUUCAACCAUGCCUGUCACAAUGUAGCCAACAACCCAUACUUUGCUUCCUUAACCCCCAGGUCAUGUCCCUUCCUCGACAAGCACCAACCCAUGCAGCAUCAUCGUCUUCAUCCCCACCACCAUCCACCAAUGAUCCCUCUCUGCGCCGACCAGGCAGUGGUGCCUCUCUUCGAUCGCCUCCUCCCACUCAACCUCGAGGCCUUCUUCCAUCUCCACAUUUUGCGGACGACCCGACAUCCACUGCCAACCCCACUGAUUCAGGCGUAGAAUAUUCUGAACACGCUGUCGGCGACGGCGACGGCGAUCAUGAAUCCUACAACCAAGAUCAUGGCACCGACCAUGAACACGACCACGACCACGACGAUGCCCAUGCCCCACCACUCCCAGAUUCUUUCCAGCCAUUCUUCACCCUAGUUCAAGACACCGUGACAAACCAACACUUCCAUCCCACAGUCCACUAUAUCUUUGCCGACGAUGAUUCAGAUCUCAUUUCCGAAGCAGCCUGUCGAAGUCUUGAGAUCCUCGAUCCCAGCCAGCAGCUCCCUCCUUCCAAGAGUGGCCAGUCUGUAUUGCACGGACAUGGCUCAGACAACGGACUGGAUGAACAUGAACAUGGUCAUCUGAGCCCACGCCUCCCACCGGCCAGCCCUGGAGUCAGAGAGCAUUAUCUGAUUCUCGAUGUUCAGCCUCGCUCGGCCCCUCCUCCUGGCAUUCUCCCUCAGCAACAAUCCCUGCUCCAGAUGCACACUCAAGCCUCUCAACAAUCUCAAUCUAUCCAGCCGUCCUCGUCCCCCGCACCGACUUCCAUCCCAGCACCGGCCCCCUUCACCAUCGUCAAAGCCACAAGCCUUUCGGCCGAAUGGCAAGUCUUGCGUACCAAAAUCACCACUGCCCCCACUAUCGGUGACGAUGAUCAAGACGACGGCCUGAUGCUGAUGAUCCAAGGUCGAGGUAACACACCUGCCACUCUCUCCACGCCUGGUAUUUCUGGUGGAAAUCCAGCCGACAAAGCUAAAGAGAGAGAGGCAGACAAGGAUCGCGAGUCAAUGGAAGAUCUGAUUGAGCAGUUUCAACGACGUAUGGAUGAAACCAAGCAAAUCCUUGACGCAGUGGAUGGAGGGACUGAUGAAUAGAGGUUCGAGUUGUCUUCUCAGCUUCCCACCAGCCGUCUCUGGGCCAUAGGGGAACAUACAAACACAUCCCUGACCAGAUACUCUACAUCAGCAUUAGGUCGGCUCACAUGGCCUUCAUGUUAUUUUUCUUGUCGCACUCUCUAGCAUAGCCAGCGACGAUGAGCCUUGAUGACAUUCAAAUUUGUGUGUUAUUGUUAACAAUGGAAAGAAUUCUUCCAACUUG